GUAAGAUUUCUGUCUCUUUUUCCAACAUGGGUCCCAAAGCUCGAUCGCAAGCACAAAGAAAAGCUGGCAAGAAGGGCCCUGCCACACAGGAAUCUGCAUCAAAAAUUGAGGCUAAAGCCAAAAAGGAUGAUGUCAAGGCAAAAGCAAAAGCUAGGAGCGAUGCAUUGAAGGCCAAGAAGUCUGUGAUGAAGGGAGGCAUUGCAACUCGCCAGAAGAAGGUGCAUUACAAGGUCACCUUCAGGAGACCCAAGACCCUCAAGUUACCUCGUAAUCCUAGAUACCCAAGAAAGAGUGUACCAAGGAGGAACAAGUUGGACGAUUACAGCAUCAUCAAAUUCCCUCUCACCACUGAGAGUGCAAUGAAGAAAAUUGAGGAUAACAACACGCUUGUUUUCAUAGUCGCCCUUAAAGCCAACAAAUUCCAAAUCAAGACCGCUGUCAAGAAACUGUAUGACAUCAAAGUGUCAAAGGUCAACACACUAAUUAGACCUGAUGGACAGAAGAAGGCUUAUGUAAGGUUGGAAUCUGACUAUGAUGCUUUGGAUGUUGCAAACAAGAUUGGCAUUAUCUAAACUGGGAUGAAACAUCAGAUUCAGAAAUAUCUUACAAUUUUUUUGUCUAUAAAAGUUUCAUCGUUCGACUUAAAUAAAUGAUAUGAAAAAAAGGAA